UUCAUUUACAUAUCGGCAAACCUUUUUGAAAUUUUAUGAUGAAAAUCUUCAUUUGUUCUAUUAAUAUUCUAUUCUACAAUUCAUAAAUGAACAUGGAUCAACAAAAUUUAAUAUGUGAUGGUAGUUGGGAAAUCGUUAUUACCAUCACAGAUCUAGAUAUAACAGAAAAUUUAAGAGUAAAAGGAGAGCUUAGAAUAGGUUCUAUCAUGCUGAUGCUCGUUGACAAAAUAUCCAUUCCUAGAGAUUGGUCUGAUUACGCCCUAUGGUGGCCCCAGAAAAACACAUGGUUGCUUCGGACCAAAAAUACGCUAGAUCAAUACGGGGUUCAAGCUAACGCCCAUAUCCAAUUUACCCCUAUUCAUAAAUUUCUCAGGAUUCAAACGCCGGAUUUCAAAUCGCAAACUAUGUCCAUUAAUUUUUCCAUUCCCACCUAUUCCGUCGUUACCCACGUGUGCAAGGAUCUCGGUCUGAGAUAUCCCGAGGAAUGUUCCCUUAGUCGCGCUUACGACAAACGAUACGUUAGGACCGGCAAAGCCCGGUCCGGUAAUACAUCCCGUUCUAGCUUAGGUUCGACAUCUAUGUCCAAAAAGAAGACGAACGCCACAGACGGGGCCGAUAAAUCCUUCGAUUCGAAUUCCGAUCGACCCGAAUCUCUUUACUACAAUUACGGCACACUUUCAACCUCCUACGGACAAAGCUUGGAUAGGAAACAGCAAGAAAGCCACCACACUAGAAGCAACGACCAUAAUGCCACGAAUAAUGGGAUCACUGGUGGGAAAAUGUUUUACACGCCCGAGCACAGGGUUACCAUGCCCGUUAAUGGAUUAAGACAUUGCCGACAACAAAACGGAACGACUCCGGAUAAAAAAAUCUCGCCUUAUUACUCUUCUGACAGUGGACUAAAUCGUCAUUCGCCUCGCGAUACCAAAAUUUACGAUUCCAGCAAAGAUAUACCGGAAUCCGAAUUUCAUCUAAUUAGACCCAAGAAUUUUUACGAAAAAGCUAGGAUAAAUAAUUCAUGGUUGAAUUCCUCACUCUCUCUCAUGGAACAAGGAGUGGCCGAAACCCAAAUUCUGUUGUUACGUUUCAAAUUCUACCAUUUUUUUGACCUAAAUCCUAAACUCGAUCGAUACAGGAUUGACAUGAUAUACGAACAAGCCAAAAACGCUAUCAUUUUUGAAACCAUUGAUUGCACCGACGAAGAAGCAAUUUUGUUUGCCGCUUUACAACUCCGGGCGCAAUUAGAUUCUGCUUCUGCUAUCAGCAACGAGCAUCCUACCUCGCAAAUUGACUCUUCGACUCUUCCACCCUUUUUGGAGAACGGCUCUAACGGUCUGGGCGAUAUAGACGAGGCCUUAGACGAUCUUCGCGCCUCGCUCGAGUACGCGGCUACCCCCCUUGUUCCUUCGUCUACCCCCAGCGAUACGUGUGCUUUAAACAAUGGUGUGAAUGGCUUAAUAAAGGGGAGAAGCAGCGACAAGAAAGAUGGAAUCGAUCAGGAGUCCCGUAUUUUGGAGUUAGGAGGAAUGUUGGAGAUUAGGGACGUGCUGAAACUAUUUAAACCAAAAAAAUUCCCACUUAAAACGUUUAGGACCCAUUUCAUGGUAUUCAAAGACGUUAGGAUAUUUUGUUACGAGAAUGAUGAAAGCUACCCGACGAAGCCUCCUCUCGUUGUGAUUGAACUUAAAGGUUCGGAAAUAAUUCCUGACGUAAACGUCAAUCAUAAUAAAUUCGUAAUAAAAGUUAGAGUUCCUCAAGCUAAAGGAAUCACCGAAUAUUGGCUCAAAUGCGAAAAUGAAGAUCAGUAUGCUAAAUGGAUGGCUGCCUCCCGACUGGCCGCCAAUCACGGUAAAGUAAAUGAUCCUCAAAUUUACAAAGCCGAAAUGAGCUCGAUAUUAGCUUUCCUUAACAUUCAAAACUCAUCUAACACUAAAAAUGAUUUAAAUCGUAACAAUAACUUAACGAAGGGCAGCUCAGAUAUGAACGGAUGCCAAAAUGGCAAAAAUACUGCCAAAAAUAGACUUUCUAUUCUGCUAACCGAAGGUUUGUAUUCGAAACCUUUCAGUAGAAAUUCAACCUUAGCCCGUGCUAUACGCUCCGAAAAUAUCAAGAUCGAGGAAUGCGUGCCUAAAAGGAUCGCAAAAAAAUACAAGACAUCCAUGAUUAAUACAAAAAUAGUCGAAGCUCAUAACACGAUUUGUGGAUUGAAUAGUUUGGAUACUAAAAUGUGUUACAUUAGAACCUGGCAAGCUUUGCCCGAAUACGGUUUCACAUAUUUCACUGCUAGAUUUAUGGGACAAAAAAAAGAGGAACUAUUGGCUAUAACAUUUAACCGCAUCAUUAAAAUGGAUAUCGGCACUGGAGAACACAUUAAAACGUGGAGAUUUACUAAUAUGAAGAAUUGGUCUGUCAAUUGGGAAAUUAAAAUGGUUAUUUUAGAGUUCGAAAAUAAUUCUAACAGUAAUUCGGAAAAUAUCGAAAAACUAUGCUUUAUGUGCACAUGCGCCGAUUGCAAAACGGUUCACGAGUUCAUAGGCGGUUACGUGUUCAUGUCCAUGAGGUCUAAAGAAAAUAAUUCACAGGUUUUGGACGACGUUCUAUUUCACAAAUUGACUGGCGGUUGGAGUUGAUGGGUUCAUUAUUUCCAUAGAUUGAGCUGCUGGAAAUCGCUUGAAUAAAUGAUGAAUUAUUUUUAUACACUACUAUCCAAGAAAUUUUGUUACCACAUUGGCUAAUUUUCAUUAUAUUUCUCUUUACGAACAUGAAAAAUAGUCAAAUAUUUUUUGUAAAAUUUUUAUACCCUUUUAUUUGUAAUAUAUUUUAAGCUCCUUUUUUUAUAUAUAAAAUAAUUAUAAACUAUUUUUAAUCAAAGUAAACUAUUGAGAUAUGCUACAAAAAAAAUUAAAUUUUAAUUAAGCUUGGACGUAAAUUACAUUUUAGUGUUAAUGCUAUUUUAUAAAAUUUAAACGAACGAAGUUUUAUAGAUAUAUAUAUACUUCGAACCUAUCUAAAUAACAGUUCUUCCAAAUAGCAUUUUUUAAAAAAAAUUACAUUACAAUGACGCCUUUAUACAAAAUUAUUAUAUAUUUUUAAAAUGAACAAAAUCCUAUGAGACCAAUAAAUACACUUUUUUUAUAUA